AUGGCAAGGCGGAAGAAGGACUUCCUGGAUGACGGAUCCGACUCGGACGCGUCCAACCAGUCCGGCAGCGAGGACGGCUUCGACUCGCAGGAAGACCAAGAUUCCCGCGCCGAGAGGCGUCUCUUCGAGCACCGCCGCAAGCGGCCUAGGACGAUGGGUAACGGCAAGGCCGCCGCAUGGGAGGGCGUCUUCGGAGAUCGCGACGAGAGCAGCAGCGCUCGGCGUCCUGGAGACCACCGUGCACGAGGGGGCAGUGCAAGGACUGACUGGACCAAAGCCCCUGCCUUCGUUUCGAAGAUAGAUGUCGCUAAAAGCGAUACAGAGUCCAACGGGACCCCGGCCGAGACCUACGACGAUUCUGGCGAGUCGAGCUCAAGCCACGAGACGGACUCACGCGACCCAACCCCCCGCAUUGCUGAAGAGGAGGAAGAUGUACCUCGUACUGGCCUCGGCGGCGGAGGCAUGGGGGUACGCUCAGGCCGUGGGCAAUCUGGCCUGGGGUUCCGCGUAGCUACCGCGUCAACGAGCUCUCCCAAACCGGCAGAGGCGCCCAAACCGGAGGACACACCCAAGUCAGCCUUUGGACGCGCGGCGUCUGCUUUCCAGCAAAUGCAGGCUGGAUCAUCGGCUACGAGGUCCAACUUUCAACAAAGCCGAUCGUCAACCCCUGUUCAACAAGUAGAGCUCACGCGCGCUGAAAAGGCCCAUUUCUCUUCGAUCGCUGGCGGCUUUGGUGCCCAGUUUCUCGCCAAGCAGGGAUGGGAGCCAGGUAAGGGUCUUGGCCUGAACGAGGACGGUCGCGCUGUUCCCGUCGCCGCGGGUGCCGUGAUGCGUGGAGAAGGUAUUCGGUCGGGCAUUCGAACAGAGGAUAGCAAGCGAGAAGCCCGGAGGAAGGGCGAGCUGGUAGAAGAGGAGCCAAAGUCGAACAAGGCUCAGCGCAAAGGUGGCCAACGUGCAGGUCCCAGUCGGGAGGGUUGGACAAAGCACAAGAAGGUCAAGGUCAAGGUCGAACACAAGACGUACGAGCAACUGCUCGCAGAUCAAAGCACGGACCCGACGCGGCCGGGUGUUGGUCUCGUCAUCGACGCUCGAGGAGGCGACCUCAAGACGGUGGAAUCCAUAUCCGAGCUUUCUCUGUCCAGCUGGACACCGUCAACAGACGUAACACAGCUACCAGAGCUGCGACACAAUCUGCGCUUGGUUGUGGACGUCACUCGUGGCGAGGUCAACAGUCUCGUCAAAGAGGGCAAGGCCGUUAACGAACGCAGGCGAUGGACUUUGCGGGAUGAGGAGCGGUCACGGCAGAUGGUGGACGAGUCUGCCAAUGAACUCAAGUCUCUCGAGGUCGUCCAGUCGUCAUUGAAGACAAUUUCGACUAUCAGUCAGCGCGAAGUGAGCGAGGAGUCGUUCUCACUACGACCUCUCGAAGACGCCUUCAACCGCCUCCUCAUUGAUCACGAUAAGGAAUACCGGUUACUCGGCCUGGACGACGUCGUUGUCGGCGCAAUCGACGUGGUGUUACGCAAGCCUUUUGCUCAAUGGCAGCCGUUCGACGUUUCGGCUGACGCACUCCUUUCGACGCUCAAGCCGUGGAAGAAGGCAUUCAACCUCGAGGGAACGACACCUCCGGACGCUCCGGACGGGACGAGCAACCGAUCGAUGACAGCUUGGGAGAGCCUGUUAUGGCACCGUUGGCUGCCCAAGGUUCGGUCAGCGAUCAACAACGAGUGGGAUGCCAUGGAUCCUCAUCCGGCAGUUCAUCUCAUCGAGUCGUGGGACCCCAUCCUCCCAUCCUUCAUUCACGACAACAUCCUAGACCAGCUCGUCCUGCCAAAGGUGACUUUCGCGGUCGAGGAAUGGACGCCCGCCAAUGGUCGCAAUGUGUCACUGGCCUCCAUCAUCUUCCCUUGGCUUCCCCUCAUGGGCGAGCGCGUAGGGGAGCUGCUUGAGAGCGGCAAACGCCGUGUUCGUACCGUGAUCCGGAAAUGGCAGCCCAAGGACGGUGUUCUUUCCGAGCUGCAGCGCUGGCGUGACGACAUCUUCUCGACGCACGAGUGGGACAAGCUCAUGGGUGACCAUGUACUCGGCAAGCUAGGCAAUGUUCUUCGCGACGGCUUCAUCGUCAAUCCUCGCAGCCAGGACAUGAAACCGCUCAGAGACGUCAUCCUGCCCUGGCACACUCUCAUCCGCAAAUCCAACUUUGUCCGCCUCUUUGAGCUCGAGUUCUUCCCGAAGUGGCUCGAAGUGCUGUACAUGUGGCUCACGCACCCCGCUUACAAUGCGGACGAGGUCGCACAGUGGUUCGAGAUGUGGAAGGGAGUCUUCCCACUCGACAUCGUGCAGCACCAAGGGAUGAGUCACGGGUUCAAUACUGGGCUUAGGCUUAUGCGUGACGCCGUCGAGCUGGGGCCAGCGGCUCAUACCAAGCUACAGAAGCCCAAAUACAGUCCCAUUCGCUCUGGGUUCAAGUUGGAGCCUUCACCGCCAGCGGCCAAGCCUGUCAUCCAGCGCAUGCCUGCUCCCGAGGAUAUCACAUUCCGUUCCAUCGCCGAAGAGGUCAUCGCCGAGAACGACCUUCUUAUGCGUCCCCUCGGCAAGUCGCACGCGAUCACGGGCAAACCGCUCUUCCGUAUUGGCAAGACGGUGGACGGCAGGGGCGGGGUAGUGGUGUACUUUGGCGACGAUGCUGUAUUCUCACAAGUCGAGGGUGGAGCAUUCCGUGCGACAUCUCUCGAGGACGUAGUUGAGAGAGCUAGCUAG